AAGCUGACCAGAGGUGUGAAUAUAGUGGUGGCCACUCCGGGCCGGCUGUUGGAUCACUUGCAGAACACCAAACAGUUCCUGUUUAAGAACCUCCAGAGUCUGAUCAUCGAUGAGGCCGAACCGCUUUAUAUAGGGCUCGAAGAGUAUAAGGAGACGGCGACUGUCGACGGCUUAGAGCAGGGCUUUGUGAUCGCGCCGUCAGAUAAGCGAUUGCUUCUGUUGUUUACGUUUCUUAAGAGGAAUAGAGCGAAGAAAGUGAUGGUGUUCUUCAGCUCCUGUAUGUCCGUUAAGUUCCACAACGAACUCCUGAAUUAUAUCGAUCUGCCCGUUAUGUCCAUUCAUGGAAAACAGAGGCAAACGAAACGGACGACAACAUUCUUCCAGUUCUGCAAUUCAGACGCCGGUAUACUGUUGUGCACAGACGUGGCCGCCCGGGGUCUCGAUAUACCGCAAGUCGAUUGGAUCGUACAGUACGACCCGCCCGACGACCCAAAAGUAUUUAUGAAAAUAUAUUAG